CAACCUCCAUUUUUAAGGAAGCUAAACAAAAAAAUACCACACAAAGAGUCUUUAUACACAUAGUAACGAUUUAUGCUUAGUCCAAGAAAUUAUGAGUUUGAUCAAACUUCUAAAGCCAAAGUUCCUUUUUCAUGGGAGUUGAAGCCUGGAGUUUCAAGAAAGCACAACAAAGCUGAAGAUCAGCUACAAUGGAAUCUUACGCCGCCUCCAUGUCCUCAUGUAAUGUAUAGUGAGGAAGUGUUGCACAGUCCUCUUGUUGUUUGUCCUUUCACGCCUUCUAAUAUGGUUAGGACUUCGAGAUCCAAUUUUUCAAGUUUCAGGAAGAGAGAAGACGACCCUUUUCUUGAAGCUUAUAGAAAAUGUUUGGAGCGUAGCCCGCUUCGUAUCUCUUCUUUGGGAAGAAACGUUCGAGAUGAUCAAGCUUGUUACGCGAAGAACAAGAAAAAGUCUUUUCUUUUAUGGCUAUGGAGUACGUACUCUUGCAAACUUGGUACUGAUGGCUGGAGUACAGUAUCCCGAUUCCUUAAACCUAAAUCUAAUAAGAGAAUCAAUUCCACCGAUGAGACUCCGAGGAAGACUGAAGGGGAAUUAGAUAGAGCGAGAGACAUGGAGAGCAGCGAGGAAGACGACGAGUACCCAUUUAUCGAAAGCAUCACUCCUCAGUCAAAGAUCGAUUCCGUUCACCAGUCUCUCACCGAAAAGGGAAUUAGAAAGCUUUGCUGUGAGCUUAUGGAUUUAAAGGAUGCUGUGGAAAAUAUGUGCGGUGAUAUGCGUACCAAGUACCUUGCUUUCUUAAGAAUAUCUGAAGAAGCGGUGGAGAUGGAGCACGAGUUGGUUGAGCUACGGAAACAUAUUUCUUCUCAGGGGAUUCUUGUGCAGGAUCUGAUGGCUGGAGUUUGCCGUGAGAUGGAUGAUUGGAAUCGAUCCCCUGGUGAUGUACAUGACGCUGAAGUCGAAGAGGACCCCUUGCCUAAUGAAGUUACCGAUCCAAAGUCUGAGUUCCUGGAGAAAAUUGACCUUCUUUUGGCUGAACAUAAAGUGGAUGAAGCACUGGAGGUGAUGGAUGCUGAGGAAAGAAGCAGUCCAGAUCUUAAAGGAUCAGUCGAGAUGUCUUCUUACAAGUCUGCGUUUAUGGAAAGAAAGGCGGUUCUUGAGGAUCAGCUCCUUAAGAUAGCUAAGCAACCUUCGAUUUGUGUAGCUGAAUUGAAGCAUGCAUUGAAUGGGUUGAUCAGAAUUGGAAAAGGACCCUCAGCUCACCAAUUGCUUCUAAAGUUUUACGCCACAAGCCUCCGCAGAAGAAUUGAGGCCUUUCUUCCUUCAUGUUCCACUUGCCCAAACACUUUCCCCGCCACUCUUUCUAAGCUUGUUUUCUCUAACAUCUCAGUGGCUGCAAAAGAAUCAGCAGCGAUGUUUGGUGAUGAUGAUAAUCCCGCAUAUUCCAACAAAGUUGUUCAAUGGGCAGAGAGGGAAGUUGAAUAUUUGGUGCGGUUGGUUAAAGAAAACGCUUCUCCUUCUGAAACAUCUUCUGCAUUGCGUGCAGCCAGUAUAUGUCUUCAAGAUUGUCUUAACUAUUGCAAAGUGUUGGAACCACAAGGCUUAUUUUUGUCUAAGCUAUUUUUGGUGCUGUUCCGGCCUUAUGUUGAAGAAGUGUUGGAGUUGAAUUUUAGACGGGCUCGAAGGGUUAUCUUUGACUUGACUGAAACUGAUGAGGGCUUGGAAUCAUCCUCUGACUUUGUGAUAAUAUUAUCUGAAUUCGCUAUCGCUUCAGAUACUAUGAUGACUGAUUGUAGCAUUCGAUUCAUGCUAAUUGUGCAAGACAUACUUGAGCAGUUAACACACCUAGUUGUGUUACACUUUGGUGAGAGUGUGUUAACGAGGAUACUGCAACUAUAUGAUAAAUACAUCGACUUUCUGAUCAAAGCCUUGCCUGGCCAUUCAGAUGAGGAUGGUCUCCCUGAGCUCCAAGAUCAUACCGUACUCGCUAGAGCUGAGACAGAUUCCGAGCAGCUUGCUCUUCUUGGAGCGGCGUUUACAAUACUUGACGAACUUUUACCAAGAUCACUUGUUAAAGUCUGGAAACUCCAGAUUGAAAAUGGCGGAGGAGAAGGUGAGAGUAGUGCUGCUCUAAACAGUAGCGCUGCACCGGAACUGAAAGAAUGGAAACGCCACAUGGUUCAAGCAUUUGACAAACUCAGAAACUACUUCUGUCUGCAGUUUGUCUUGAGCUUCAUCUACUCUAGGGAAGGGCUAACGCGACUAGACGCACUCAUUUAUUUAACCGAAACACCAGAUGACUUGCAUCUGCCGUCUUUACCAUUUCAGGCAUUGUUUUCUAAGCUACAACAGUUGGCCAUAAUUGCGGGGGAUGUUCUGCUUGGUAAAGAGAAGCUUCAAAAGAUUCUACUAGCGAGAUUAACUGAGACUGUUAUAAUCUGGCUAUCAAACGAGCAGGAGUUUUGGAGUGCAUUCGAGGACGAGUCAAAUCCACUUCAGUCAUCUGGGUUGCAACAGUUGAUCCUCGACAUGAACUUCACAGUGGAGAUAGCCCGGUUCGCAGGUUAUCCAUUUAAAGUAGUUCAGAACCAUGCAUCAGUAGUGAUCAACCGAGCCAUCAAUAUAUUCUCCGAAAGAGGCAUCAACCCACAAAGCUCACUCCCGAAGACAGAGUGGUUCACAGAAGCCGCCAAGUCAGCUAUCAACAGGCUACUCAUGGGGUCUGAGGAUGCUUCAGAACCGGAAGAGUAUGAGUGUGAAGAAGAAGAAGAAGAAGAAGAAGACGAUGAUCACAUCGUGCUCCCUGAGAUGGAUGAAGACUCAGAUUCCGAAGAUACAUCUUCACUUUCGACAGUGGACUCGUUCGAGUCAUUUGCUUCUGCAAGCAUGGCUGACCUUGAGAAAGAAGCACUUCCUGAUCCCACAGUGACGGGUACAGGUUCUGGUUCUCUAUUUGUGGAGUCAAGGAAGAAUAUGAGCUUUCAAGUCAGGAGAGAUAGGGGCGAUGAUAGGUCUCGAUUCAACCCUCAGCAAACGUGGAUUCCUAGAAACGCAUCUCCCUCCACCGUGGUGGUAAAUGAGCCCUUGCUUCCUCCUCAUUCAGAUAGAAAUUCUGAAAGCCUUGAUGCUGCUGCUGCGGCAUCCCGUCCUGUUUAUCUGCAAAGGCAGCAUAACGCUUCUGGUCCUCCUCCCUAUAACCACCACCAAAGGAGUAAUAACAACAGUGGUCCACCUCCACCUAAUCGACAUAGAAGAAAUAAUGCGCCUGAUAACCAGCACCAAAGGAGUGAUAACAACAUUGGUUCACCUCCACCUAAUCGACAUAGAAGGAAUAAUGCUUCUGGAACUCUGCCGGAUAAUCGCCAAAGAGUUGCAUCUAGGACACGGCCUGUGAAUCAGGGGAAAAGGGUAGCUAAGGAGGAGAAUAUUGUGUCGACAGACCCAAACUUGCCUCAACUUGUUCAAGAGUUACAGGAGAAGCUGGUGAAGAGUUCUAUUGAGUGUAUGAUUUGUUAUGACAAGGUUGGUCGCUCUGCCAAUAUCUGGUCAUGCUCCAGCUGUUAUUCCAUCUUCCAUAUCAACUGUAUCAAGAGGUGGGCUCGAGCACCAACUUCAAUUGAUUUGCUAGCUGAGAAAAAUCAAGGUGAUAACUGGAGAUGUCCAGGUUGCCAAUCUGUACAGUUGACAUCUUCUAAAGAGAUUUGCUAUCAGUGCUUUUGUGGAAAGAGAAGAGAUCCACCGUCUGAUCCUUAUCUCACUCCACACUCAUGUGGGGAACCAUGCGGGAAACCGCUGGAGAAAGAGCUUGCAGCAGCUGGGACGACUAAAGAGGAUCUUUGUCCUCAUGCAUGUGUGUUGCAGUGUCAUCCUGGUCCAUGUCCUCCCUGUAAGGCGUUUGCUCCACCUCGUAGCUGUCCUUGUGGUAAGAAGAUGGUUACUACUAGAUGCUCCGAGCGGAGAUCUGAUCUCAUUUGUGGGCAGCGUUGCGAUAAGCUUCUCAAUUGCGGGCGUCAUCAAUGUGAAAGGGCAUGUCAUGUUGGCCCUUGUGAUCCUUGUCAGGUACUUGUUAAUGCCACAUGUUUCUGCAAGAAAAAAGUGGAGACUGUCAUUUGCGGUGAUAUGAAUGUGAAGGGGGAAUUGAAAGCAGAAGAUGGUGUGUAUUCGUGCAGUUUUAACUGUGGGAAGCCUCUUGGAUGUGGUAAUCAUUUCUGUUCCGAGGUCUGCCAUCCGGGACCUUGCGGAGACUGUGACUUACUGCCCAGUAGAGUUAAGACAUGCUAUUGUGGGAAAACACGUUUAGAAGAACAGAUCAGGCGGAGUUGCUUGGACCCAAUUCCUUCUUGUUCAAAUGUAUGUAGGAAGCUUCUUCCUUGUAGGUUACAUACUUGCAAUGAGAUGUGCCAUGCAGGUGAUUGCCCGCCUUGUUUGGUCCAAGUUAACCAGAAAUGCCGGUGUGGGUCAACAUCCAGGGCUGUGGAAUGCUACAUAACAACUUCAUCAGAGACAGAGAAGUUUGUGUGCUCUAAGCCAUGUGGACGUAAGAAGAACUGUGGGAGACAUAGAUGUAGCGAGCGUUGCUGCCCUCUCUUGAACGGGAAGAAAAAUGAUCUAUCUGGCGAUUGGGACCCACACGUCUGCCAAAUACCUUGUCAGAAGAAGCUGAGGUGCGGGCAGCAUUCCUGUGAAUCUUUAUGUCACAGUGGACAUUGCCCUCCUUGUCUAGAGAUGAUCUUCACUGAUCUUACAUGUGCUUGUGGAAGAACUUCGAUUCCUCCACCACUACCAUGUGGGACACCUGUUCCUAGCUGUCAGCUUCCAUGCUCGAUUCCUCAGCCUUGUGGCCAUUCUGAUACGCAUGGAUGCCAUUUUGGAGAUUGUCCUCCUUGUUCUGCCCCUGUGGAAAAGAAGUGCGUUGGUGGUCAUGUGGUUCUCAGAAACAUACCUUGUGGGUUGAAAGACAUUAGAUGUAACAAGAUUUGUGGAAAGACGAGACGUUGUGGCAUGCAUGCUUGUGCCAGAACUUGUCACCCUGAGCCUUGUGACAGCUUCAAUGAAUCUGAAGCAGGUAUGCGUGUUACGUGUAGACAGAAGUGUGGUGCUCCUAGAAGAGAUUGCAGACACACUUGUGCAGCACUCUGCCAUCCUUCCGCGCCUUGCCCUGACCUAAGAUGUGAAUUUUCAGUCACAAUUACUUGUUCAUGUGGUCGCAUAACCGCUACGGUUCCUUGUGAUGCUGGAGGAAGAAGUGCCAACGGUUCUAAUGUUUACUCUGCGGCCUAUGAUGAAGCCUCUGUUUUACAGAAGCUUCCAGCCCCACUUCAGCCUGUUGAGUCGAGCGGAAACCGAAUCCCUCUCGGACAGAGAAAGCUUUCGUGUGAUGAUGAGUGUGCGAAGCUGGAGCGUAAGCGGGUUCUUCAAGAUGCAUUUGAUAUCACUCCCCCAAAUCUGGAGGCAUUACAUUUCAGCGAGAAUUCUGCUAUGACAGAGAUUAUUUCAGACCUUUAUAGGCGUGAUCCAAAGUGGGUACUGGCUGUUGAAGAGCGCUGCAAGUUCUUGGUACUUGGGAAAGCAAGAGGAAGCACAAGUGCCCUUAAGGUCCAUGUCUUCUGCCCUAUGCAGAAGGAUAAACGAGACACGGUUCGGCUUAUAGCUGAGAGGUGGAAACUUGGUGUUAGCAAUGCAGGGUGGGAGCCAAAACGGUUUACAGUGGUUCACGUAACACCAAAAUCGAAACCGCCAACACGGAUCAUUGGAGCUAGGGGUGGUGCUAUCUCGAUAGGAGGGCCACACCCACCAUUCUUUGAUCCGCUGGUGGAUAUGGAUCCGGGACUUGUGGUUUCUUUACUGGAUCUUCCGAGAGAGGCGAAUAUCAGCGCCUUGGUACUGAGAUUUGGGGGUGAAUGUGAGCUUGUUUGGCUGAAUGACAAGAAUGCUUUAGCCGUGUUCCACGACCAUGCCCGAGCUGCCACUGCCAUGAGGAGGCUUGAGCACGGUUCAGUAUACCAUGGAGCUGUGGUUGUCCAGAACGACGGGCAAUCUCCAUCACUUAAUAAUGCAUGGGGAAAAUUACCUGGCGGAUCGGCGUGGGAUGUUCACAAAGGAAAUCCUUGGAGGAAAGCUGUGAUUCAGGAGAGUGAUGACUCCUGGGGAGCUGAAGAUUCCCCCAUUGGAGGAUCAUCUACAGAUAUUCAAGCCUCUGCACAGAGAUCAGCAAAGAGCAACACUCCAAUCGUUACCUCGGUUAACCGUUGGAGUGUUUUGGAGUCCGAGAAGGCCAGCACAUCCACUUUAGAGCCAAUUGCUCAGAUAGAAGAGAGCAGCAGUUCAAAAACGACCGGUAAACAACCGGUGGAAGGCUCUGGUGAAGAAGUGGUGGAUGACUGGGAGAAGGUAUAUUGUUCAGACGUAUAUAACGGAGAAUGUAUGCGUCAUGCGUGUGCGAAUGCUGUGAUGACUGAUGAGUCCAUUUCAGAGCUUAGGUGAUAGCCAACGAAGUGCCGUUUUUGUUUUGGCAUCUAUGACGUUUGCUUCGUUUAUUUAUAUAUUAACUAAAACGGCAUGUUUUUUCAUUGUUCAGUUACUGUGAAACGGCAUGUUAUUUUAAUCAUUGAAGAAAUAUUGUAACGCUUU